GCCACCUUCAAAAAUUAAAUCUCACAGCACUGUCUCUCUCCCUCUCUGUAAACUUUGUAUAAUGGAGCCAUGGCUUGAAGACUUGGCCGACGACGACCUCCAAAGCCUGAGUUUCGCCUCCACCGCCACUACCACUAUCACAACCACCACCCUCCACCGUAGCACAAGUUCUGGUUCCUCCUCCGCGAUACUCACUCCAGCCCCAUCCACUCACACCUCCUUCUCCUCUAAGUCCGCGAAACACCACCAAUCCCUCUCUCUCUCCGAUCUCCGCUUCUCCGCCCGCCUUGGCUCCGGGGACAUUGGCUCUGUCUACCUUGCCAAGUUGAAGAAACCUGAGUCCACCGGGAUGAUUGAUUCCCCACUUUUCGCGGCUAAGGUCAUGGAUAAGAAGGAGUUAGUGAGUAGAAACAAGGAAGGCAGGGCUAGGACCGAGAGGGAAAUAUUGGAAAUGUUGGAUCAUCCUUUCUUGCCCGCACUCUAUGCGAGUAUAGAUUCGCAGAGAUGGCUCUGUUUGCUGACCGAGUUCUGUCCCGGUGGCGACCUUCACGUCAUCCGCCAACGUCAGCCACUGAAACGGUUCGAGGAAACCGCGGUCAGGUUUUAUGCAUCAGAAGUAGUGGUAGCUUUGGAGUAUCUUCACAUGGUGGGUAUUGUUUACCGUGAUCUUAAGCCGGAAAAUGUGCUUGUUCGAUCGGACGGUCAUAUAAUGCUUACUGAUUUUGACCUCUCGUUAAAAUGUGAUGAAUCUACAUCAACCCCUCAGAUCAUUAGUAACCAAAACCCACCUACUGCAGUACCAAAAUAUGACUACCCCAUUGAUCAUCCUCCUUUCACUUCAUCCUCCUGCAUUAUCCCUAACUGUAUAGUUCCAGCUGUAUCCUGCUUCCGCCCAAGACGUAAACGCAAAAAGAAGACAGGCCACCGAGGUGGGCCUGAGUUUGUGGCUGAACCCAUUGAUGUCCGGUCCAUGUCGUUCGUGGGGACCCACGAGUACUUGGCACCGGAGAUUGUGUCCGGUGAAGGCCAUGGUAGUCCUGUGGAUUGGUGGACUCUAGGUAUAUUUAUGUUUGAACUAUUCUGUGGAGUCACACCCUUCAGAGGCGUGGACCAUGAGUUAACUUUAGCUAACAUUGUAGCUCGAGCUCUGGAGUUUCCUAAAGAACGUGCCAUGCCGGCCACAGCCAAAGACCUGAUUUCACAACUAUUAGUUAAGGAUCCUGGCAGGAGAUUGGGUUCCACUCUGGGAGCAUCUGCUAUUAAGCAUCACCCUUUCUUUCAAGGGGUGAAUUGGGCAUUAUUGAGAUGCACACCCCCACCUUAUGUUCCUCCUCCAUUUACCAAAGAAGUUGUAUCAGAUGAAAUUUGUCCUGACACUCCAGUGGAAUAUUAUUAGUAAAGUUUAAAAAAAAUGAACAAAAUUAAUAAAUUAAGCAGCCUGCCUUAGUAAACUCCA